AUGGCCCUGAAGCCGAACCAGACCGGCUGUGUGCUGGAUGAUCAGUGUCGACGAGCCUGCGAGAGUACCGUAUGUGAGAAGACCAGCCAAGGCUCGAGAUGUAUGUGUGAAAAAGGACGUCAUUUCCUAUUCAACAAAUGCUGGAAAAAAUGCCCUGAGUUUGCAUUUCCGGAACCGGUCGUUGAUGAGCUUGGAUUCAGCAGGUAA